CAGGUAGGCAGUGCUAGGAGGCAAACCGGGCCACUUUUUCGCUGACCCUCCCCCUUUCCCGCUAUUUUUCAUGCUGAGGGAUCGAAGAGAGGAUAGGCAUGCGCCCAUGCACUGCGGGAGAAUCAGGAAAAAGGGUGGACCAGAGAGAUGUUUAUAAGAAGCACACCAUCCCAGGAAUGAAGGUGUGGGCCGCAAAGCACUCCCAGCCAGUACACCCACACCAAUACCACUUUUCUCCCUUGUAUCUCUACCAGUUUUCGCUUUCUAUGAAGCACCCCCAGUAAAAAGAUAACAUUAUUAUUCUACCUUCGCCUCCAGCCUCUCAAAUAUUAAGAGCACAUCACCUUUACACUAGACAUAUCAUAGUGCACUCUGUAUUCCUCCCACACCCACCCCGUAUAUCACCCUGAAUUCUUCUAAAUGCAAGAAGUGGAUCAGAUGAGCACACUACCCAACAUCGGCUUCAUGCAGCAGUUCGCUGCAUCGCGGGAUCCUGCAGGCGGCGCUAUUCCACAGCAGCCCAUGGGUGGCAGUCCGAUGCCGCCACCACAGCAUUCGUCCAUGCCGUCGACAUACUCGCUCAUGGGUGCUGAGCAGCACCACCACCAGCAGCAGUACCAACAACAGCAGAGCAACAUCAUGCUGCCGCCAAUCCCACAGGCACAGCAGGGCAUCCCCUCAUUCAGCCUCAGCGCCGUCUCAGUGUCUCCGGCAAUGAACCCAGCAUCUGCGGGCACCGAGCUCAAUGACCUCCAGUUCUCGCGCUCGCUGGUGUCCCCGACUAUGCCGGCAGAUCCCGCAUCGGCUGGGAUCUGCUCUGGACAGUCGCCCGGCAACCCGUAUGCAUUCGGCGGUACAUCUCCCGCACACACACAGCAGCUGGAUAUCCAGGAUCAGCAGCAGGUGCGUCUGGUCAACGUGUCUGCCGCCCAGUCGUACUCGCACCAGCCGACGACGCAAAGCUCCAGCAUGGUGCUCAGCGGUCAUUCAAUCACAUCUAUGACAGCAGCGUCGCACCAGGUGGGCGGAUCGGCGGGCACGCAUGCAGCGCAGGGGCGUCCGCCGCGCAACAAGAACAAGUUCAAGCGCUUCCGCAACGCCUUCAUCUACUUUGUCAACGACCAACGAAAUAAGGUUGAUGACGAGACAAAAAAGCUCAAGAACCGCGAGUUCCUGCAGCUGAUGAGCGCCCGGUGGAAGGCCAUGCCCGAGGAGGAGCGGCGGCCGUAUGUGCGCCUGGCCGAGGAGGACAAAAAGCGGUUCAACAACGACGUCAAGAAGUUUGGCAAGUACGAGUCGCGCCAGCGCCGCUACAACAAGUCGCGUUCUUUUGACAGCGGUGUGGCCAAUCACCCGUGCAACUUUACCAACACUGGCCUCGCCAACACGUCUGCUGCCAACUACCUCUACAACGGCUAUAAUCGUUUGGCAUCCAACCAGGCUGCUGCAGCUGCUGCCGCCGCCGCUGCUGCAGCUGCUGCCAACGGCCCGAUGCCGCCCUUCUACGCUGGGCUCACUGCCAGCCCGGCUGCUGCUGCUGCCGCUGCCGCCGCCGCUGCAGCCAACUGGUCGGCUGGCGGCCGCCGUGCGUCACUGAUCAGCCCAACUGGGGCUCCUACCGCGGCCACAAGCUACCAGCAGGCAGAAGCGCAAGCAGCCGCGAGCCAGCCGCUGCUCAGCCCUCCCGACACCCUCGGCCAUCGCAACUCAUUCUCGAGCAAUGCUUCCAGCAAUGACCUGAAUGACAUGAAUUCGCCGUUCGGAGCCAAUACGUACACGUGGCCAGCGGCAUCGCAGGCGCAGAUGGCACAGCAGGGUGGCUACUAUGCGACUGGGUACCAGCAGCCGUCGCCCGGCCAUGUGCAGGUGCCAACAGGCGCGCCGAUCUCGCACGCACUGACAGAGCCCAUGUUCUACGACACUGCUCGCCCGUACUCGGGGCCCAGCGAUGCACAGCCACCGCAGCAGCUCCAGCAGCUUGACCCGCAGAGCCAGGAGCAGGUUAUCCGGAACAUGUGAGCACCCAAUAUCUUGUAUCCAACCCCAGCACUAUCCUCUUAUCUUUACAGUCCUUCAUUACAUUACAC